AUGAACGACCUGAAGCAGAACAGCCUGCUACUGCUCCAAUCCGCACGACAAGAACAGUCCGGACAAGCUCAACAGCGAGAAAUGACUUCUGAGUCUGCAGAUUUGCUGCAGCUGUUCCGCAACCACCACACCGAAAGAAUUGUCGAGAUAGAAUCCGUGCUCAACACAAUUGCCGACUAUGAACAGGAACGUGGGGAGCUCUACUCGAGGAUGCGGUUUCAGGCCCAGAGAUGGGAGCAAGAAAAACGACAGGCACCAUUCCUGCAGGAGCUCGAGGAGAGCAAGGCCCAACUUCGAGGACUGGGAACCGCGCUCGAGUUCAUUCAGGCGGAACAGGAAAAUCUGGUCGAGCGUGUCAUUUCUGUGGACGAGCAGCAUUCAGUUCUGGAAGGCAUGACCAAGGCAGCCAGAGCUGCGGACCAAAAGAUGAUACAUACCCAGCGCCUUGUACAAAAACUUAUUGAAAUGGUGAAGAUCAACCAGAGAAACGUCCCUCAGACGGCCCAUGAUAUUGCCGGCGAGAUCUUUCGACCCAUCCAUCAUGGACUGGAGCAGCUUGCCAGCUUUGCAGAGGAUCAGACCUGUACCAUGGAGAAUGAUGCCAAAAUCUUUCAUGAUCUGACUGCACAAAGCCAACAAACCUAUGCGGAGACUCAUACUCGCGUUUUGCAGGCCCCAUCAACAACCUUAUUCAAUUGGCAGCAGGAGCUGGGGACUAGCAAGCAGAGGCAAGGCGUUGGAUCCGAGGUCUGGCGCGAGAUCACUGCAGCGAGCGCGUUAUCAGCAGAUCAGUAUAUACUACAGCUCAUAGGAGUGCAGCGACAAGCGGCAGUUCAGCACCUGUCGAUCGCUAAGGCCAAAGAGGUGAACGAUCGCUUGGAGCAGACUAAGAGCGAUACCAUAUGUACUAUGAAGGCCUUUGUGAAAACCCUCCCGGAAGAAAGCCAGGUCUAUGAAGAGGAUAAGGACGUGGGCGUGGAGGCCCUGUCGUCCAAGUUUGAGUGCGAUGCCAGGGCUAUUGCUCGGUGCAGAGGCUGGUGA